AUCCCAAAUUUUGUUAUUUCUAAAUUCAGGUAGAUUCUGUUUCUGAGGAAGUGGAGAGGAGAAAAUCUACAAAUGAUAUGGUGUUCAUCUAUGGAGGGGUUGGGCCCUUGCCUUCAGAUGUUACUGUAGCAGGAGUUGCAAAAGCUUUUGGUGUCCGUUUGGCUCCUGAUGAAGAAUUUGAAGAAUAUCUGAGGCAUAUCAUUGGCGAAAAAUGCACUGGGGAUAAGAAUGAGUUCUUCACGGCGAUGAAGAAGGACGGCUCCUACCGAACCCGUGACCAACUCACUUCCAAAUGGAGCCACAUCAACAAAAAAGUACGAAAGUUUAUGGGAGUAUACGAGGAAUGCUCCCGGUCCCGGAGGAGCGGCAUGAACGACGCCGAUGUUCUCCGGCUUGCCACGACCCGGUAUCAAGACGACGGGAACCAAGGCAAGGUGCCCAUCGAUCUUUGGGGGAUUUUGAGUCGUUCCCCGAAGUGGCAACAACUCAACAAUCCCGACGGCGUAUCAUUCCGGAAAAGAUCCACCGUCGACGCCGAGGUUGAGGUCGACGAGACCAUCGGUUCUACCGAUCAAAUCCCUUCCUUCAACGUUGCGGCUUCCGAUGACGAGGACCCCAUUCCACGGCCGAUCGGAAGAAAGAAUGCAAAAUCCAUUGCCUCUGGUUCGGGAGGGUCCGUCUCUAUUUCCGCUUCUCCCCGCGACGAAAUCGGCCGGGCAAUGGUUGAACAACUUCGGGCGUUCAAUCUCCAAGAACAAGAGAGGUUGAAGCUUAAAGAGAAGCAGUUGAAGCUAAAGGAGCAGGAGGCCGAGAUGAAAGUCAUGCAAACCGACCCCGGGACGUUGUCGGAGUUUGGACGAAUUAUCUACGAGCAAAGAAUGAGAGAGAUCAAGGAGAAAUAUAAUUUACCUUAGUUUUUUUAUUAAUUGACAUACUUUGUGAUGUUGAUUAAACAGAUAACACAUCU